CCGGCCGCGACUCAUCCUCCAGGGCGGGGAGAGGUGGCAUUUGAGUCCUCCGGUAUCCCAGCAGGCAGUGCAGCCUGGAGACGCUGACAAAGGGGCAGAGGAACAGUCGCAGCAGCUUUCAGAGGUGCCGAUGUUGCGGAGAUUGCCAAAAUGCUGUGGAGUUUUUAACUUAAUCUAAGAAAAGUCGAAAAUAGAUUCGAGACUGUAAAAACAGAAGCUGUAGCAAGAGGGAUUCAGUGCCAAUGCAUCAACAAAAAAGACAACCAGAGCUAGUGGAAGGAAAUCUUCCUGUUUUUGUGUUUCCCACGGAGCUCAUAUUUUAUGCAGAUGAUCAAUCAACACAUAAGCAAGUGUUGACUCUGUACAAUCCCUAUGAGUUUGCCUUAAAGUUCAAAGUUUUGUGUACUACUCCAAAUAAGUAUGUUGUCGUUGACGCUGCAGGUGCAGUAAAGCCUCAGUGUUGUGUGGAUAUUGUGAUUCGUCAUAGAGACGUUCGAUCCUGUCACUAUGGUGUGAUAGACAAAUUCCGUCUCCAAGUUUCCGAGCAAAGCCAGAGGAAGGCUCUAGGACGGAAAGAGGUGGUCGCUACUCUUCUCCCGUCUGCAAAAGAGCAACAAAAGGAAGAGGAGGAGAAAAGAAUAAAGGAACAUUUAACUGAAAGUUUAUUUUUUGAGCAGUCAUUUCAACCAGAAAGCAAAAGUGUCUCCUCAGGACCUAGUUUACUGACGGUCUUCCUGGGAGUGGUGUGCAUUGCAGCCCUGAUGCUGCCUACGCUGGGGGACAUGGAAUCGCUGGUGCCUCUCUACCUCCACUUAAGUGUGAAUCAAAAAUUAGUGGCUGCUUAUAUCUUAGGUCUUAUCACAAUGGCUAUACUAAGAACAUGAGCAAGGAUUUCAACUGACUUCUGAAGUAAAUUUAUCUUAAAUAUGAAUGUGGACUGCCUUUCUCUAUUUCACUCCAUUAACAUGCUACAAACUAUUGAAUGAUUUCAAAUAAUUGUAAAUGUAUAAUAUAUAUUUUAAAUUACUCUAUAAUUUUAUUUGAAGGACUCUAGCACAUUAUGUUCCAGACAGCAAGGAUGCUUCUGAGUGACAGGAAAUUAUUUGAUGAAAUUCUUUUUAUAUCUGUACAUGUGGUACAAAAGACUUUAAUUAAAACGUUUGUUAUUUUCUCA